GCACCCCACGCACCCAACACACCCCGCGCAGCCCACGCAGCACCACCCGCACCAGCUGUUGGUGCCGCACUCACCUCUGUUCAAAGACGUUAGCAAAAUGUCGUCGUUGUACCGCACCGGGCUGGGACUCGGGUACCCGUACUCGUCCAGCCUGCUGCACCCCGCCGCGCCCUACGUGCCGCCCGCGCCCCUCACCACAUACGCACCCAAGCCCGUAGUGUCGGCCGCAAGCGACUCCGCCACUAAACCACCACCACGCCCCGCCGCCGCGAAAACUGGAAAGUGGAAUGCAAUGCACGUCCGAAUCGCGUGGGAGAUAUACAAUCACCAACAGAAAGAGAAGUCCGGCGGCGCGCUGCUGAGCGGCGCGGACAAGGAGAAGCUGCGCGCCUUCCCCGCGCCCGCGCCGCCGCCCCCCGCCUACCGCUCGCCCUACGAGCUGCCCUCGCCCUACCUGCCGCACCACCCGCACCUAGGUAGCAGCCGAUACUCCGCCCGCCCCGCGCUCGCGCCCCUCGCGCCGCUCGCACCCCUCGCCCUCGCCACUCACAGAGAUUUGGGCGUUUCAGGGGUGUCGCCGUUCGCGCGCUACGGCGCAGGGGCUUUCCCCGGCGCGCCCGGCGCCUUCGGCCUCUCUCCCUACUCGCGCGACCUCGCCCUCUCGUCCUCCUUACAUGGCGUGCACCACGCGCCGCCCAUCGGAUUGCACGACGCGUGGCGUGGGGUGCGGCCGCCCGUCUCCGCCGCCGCCGAGGUGCGCCGGGAGCACGAGGAGAGGGAGCGCGCGCGGCGGGAGCGGGAGGAGCGCGAGCGGAGGGAGCGGGAGGAACGCGAACGCCGCAAAGCGCGCGAGCGCGAGAUGGAGCGAGCCCGCACGCGCUCGCCGCUACGGAACGGAGUGCCAGAACCGAAAGACGAACGAAAGGAACCGCCGCGGCCGCCGCCCACGCUCCCGGCGUACCCGCCUCCCCCGCCCUGGGACCCGUACCGCACCUUCGAUCCGUUGCAGCACAUGAGGUUCGCGCCGCUCGUGGAAGCGGCUAUCCGGGCGGAGGAGGACCGCGCCAAGAUGCUCAGCGCGUACGCGCACCACCAGCAGCUGAAGUCGGGUCCGCUGCUGCACCGAGGGCUGCACGGCGGCCACGUGCCGCACGGGCACGCGCACCCGCACGCGCACGGUGCGCACCCGGGGCACGGCGCGCUGCCGCUGGGCGCGCACGGCUCGCUGGCGCCGCUGCCGCCGCUCGCGCCCCCCCUCGCGCCACUCGCACCCCUCGAUCUGUUGAAGAAGGAGGAGCCGCGAUGAUAGCGACCCGCCCCCGCCCACAACUGAUGUAAAUACAGCGUGAACGAUACACCCAAGUGAGAGUACGACUUAUUAAGAUAUAAUAUAUCGUUUCACUUUAUCGGUUUAGAGAAUUAUUUAUUGUGUUGAGGUGUGGCUGGAGCGGGGGGGCGGCGGGGGCGCUUCUCUUGUGCAAUACGCGGCGAGUAGGCGGGGGUGGGGGUGGGGUGGGGCGCGGGCGCUCGUCGCCGCCGGCCGGUACACUACUGCUUGUUUAUUUACUGAGAAUAUCUAUCGAGUUGUUAUUGUGACCAUUUAGUUAAUUAUACAUUAAAUUGCUGAUUAUGUGAAGGAUAGGAUUAUCGGAAUCGCUAUCGAUAUAAUUAUACAUAUUUAUAUAUACUUAUAAAUAAAAUGUAAAUACUAGAUUGUAAAUUAGUGUUAAAAUAUAGAAUUGGUUUAUUUAACGUCAUACAAAUGGAAUAAAAUCACAUAAAUUAUUAUUGUAUCGGGAGUUAAUUCGACACUUCCGUUAAAAAUCUCAUAAUGGUUUUUCGAUUGUACCAGUGGAGUUCUAUUUAUUUAUUUAUUUCCACUCCUGCCCUGCUUGUGUUCUUCUAAUUAAAAUAAUUAUGUCUGUUACAUGGCAGUUGACAUUUCGUUUUGAUGCAUUUAAAAAUAUGUGAUAUUAUUAUAUUGUGAAAUACAUUUUGUCUGACAUCAAAGUUGUUUGACGUCUGUUUGCGAAUUAUAAAUAAAUACAUUGUGAAGGUAGAUUACAAAUUCAUACAACUGUUGUUACUCCAUUGCAUCACCACACCAUUUUAUGUGUGUUUCAUAAUGGCGUGUUCUUUAGAAAUGCUUACGUUUCAGGCGAAUAAUUUUUAUUGUUUAGUGAACUCUGUAUGUGCCAUUAACUUUAAGAAGUAAUGAGCAUCAAGUCAGACAAAAUUAAAUUUAUAAAGUCUUUUAAGGCAUAUUCAAUGGUUUGUAUCCUCAUGAUGUCAUGAAGAUUAUCUGGAAAAUGUAUUAUAGUUUACAAAAAAAAUAAUUCUGUAUACUAAAAAGUAAAUGAAAGCUUGGUGCGAUUCAGAAAAUACCAUUAAAACUUUUGAUUUUUAUACCAA